CGGGCUGGAAUAUACGUAACAUAUAAUUUGCUGUCUUCUUGUCUUAUAGGUUGUUGACUUGCAGAAAAAUGUUUGGAUCCUUGAACAAACGCAUCCAGGACUGUAUGGCGGAACGAAAAAGUCGCAGGACCAGACUAGUGACCAAAGAUGGCCGCUGCAACAUUGAAUAUGGCAACAUCAAGUACAGCAAACACUUUGCCUUCCUGGCCGACUUCUGGACCACAUUUGUGGAGAUCCGGUGGCGGUUUGUCCUCUUCUUUUUCAUCGCCUCUUUCACCCUCAGUUGGUUCAUCUUUGGCCUGCUGUGGUACUGGAUUGCCCGCAGUAAUGGAGAUCUGACGUGGCAGAAUCCCCCUCCAGAUCACACUGCAUGUAUCGACAAUGUAGUAGGACUUACCACAGCAUUCCUCUACUCCCUGGAAACCCAGACCACUAUUGGAUAUGGUGGGCGAGCACUCACCCCUCUCUGCCCAGGUGCUGUUGCCCUUCUCAUCAUCCAGUCCCUCGUCGGUGCAAUUAUCAACUGUUUCAUGUGUGGAGUCAUCCUAUCCAAAAUCUCCUUACCCAAGAAAAGGGCAAAAACCAUCACAUUUAGUGACAUGGCUGUUAUCAGCCCCAAAAAUGGCUCUCUGUGCCUGUCGAUCAGAGUGGCCAAUUUGCGCAAGACCUUGAUGAUUGGAAGCCAGAUCUAUGGUAAGCUGUUGAGAACGACGAACACACCAGAUGGGGAGACAAUCAUCAUGGAUCAAGUGAACAUUGAGUUCAUGGUGGACGCUGGAAAGGACAACCUCUUCUUCGUGUGUCCUCUCACUUUGUACCAUGUCAUUGAAAAGAACAGUCCGUUUUUUGAGAUGGCAGUGGACACGCUCCAUAAGCAAGAGUUUGAGCUGGUCGUCUUUCUAGACGGCACAGCAGAAUCCACGAGCUCCUCCUGCCAAGUGCGGACAUCGUUUAUUCCUCAGGAGAUUAUGUGGGGCUACAACUUCUUGCCAAUCAUCUCCAGAAGCAAGGAGGGCAAGUACAGAGUAGAUUUCUCCAAUUUCUCUAAAGUGGUGCCAGUGGCCACUGCACACUGUUCCUACUGUUUCCACAACAUCAAGGGUCACCACCACCACUCCAGAAAUGGAAAUGACAACCAGGGAUUUGAGGUGAUUGAUAUCAAUGAUCCUCAGAAUGUCACAAAAAUGUGAGAUGGUGGAGACAUUGACUUGCAGAAACUGAGACGGGUGGAGGUUUGUACUUCUCACUGAUGAACUCCUCAAGGACAAACAGUUGCCAAAGGCAGGUUGGGAAACAUGAUGUAAUGCAGGGCACUGUGUAGCAUUUAAAUAUGAAUUAAAGAAACCUACUUUUUUUGUUAUUCUUUUGUGUUUCACACAGAUAAGAAAUACGUCUGUGGGGUCAGGACAGUCAUUGUGAACUAUUUGUAUGUAAAACCACACCUUCCAUUGUCUGCUGACCAAAAACCUGUUUUCAAACGGCAGGCCAGGUCAUGCAAAAUGAUGAAGCUUAAAUGCAAGAAGAGAAAGUUUUCUCAAUGACUCUCAGUAGGAAGAUACAUAUAUGCUCUCGCUUUUAAUGAAGAUAAGUAGUACUAAUUUACCGCUGGCCUUUUAUCAGGUUUAUACCACAUGUAAAGGCAGAAAAACCAAAGCCAAUAUAUUAUCCUCUCUACAAAUCUUGCCAUUACUUGAAGAACUAGUGUUGGGGGGAAAAAGCUAGUUUCAUGAGUGACAAAAAGAUGAAAUGGUUGUUCAAUAAUUCAUGCAACUGUAUGCUGUUGUGCACAAGUAAAAACUUGGACUUGAACCAUUAAAAUGUGCUUAACAAUUCAAAUACUGACGCAUUAGCAAAGGGCUGGGCUCUAGAGCCUGUCAUUUAAAACAGUGGUUGAUGUAGUUGUGGUUUUCUUCUUGAGUGAAGACACUGUGAGAGAACAAAGCUCUCAGGAAACACUUAAAAUAUGGCUGCAUGCAGCACUGACUAUAGAAUGAUACUCAGUUAUGUUUGUAAAGUUGUUUUUGUAUCUGAUCUCAGGAGGAAAUUACAUUGUA